AUGGAAGACGAUCAAAUAAAUAAUUCCGAAGUACAGAAGCCCCUUGUGGAUGAAGUUAUUUACCCAGAUAUUGAACCUGGAAUAAUUAACCGUUCCUUGAUUGAAAGCUCAUAUUUAAAACACGUUCAUCGUGGUGAGGGAAGACGUUUACAUCAACUGGAGCCUGUUGUAUUGGAACAAAUUUUAACAAUGCGUUUGGAGUUUAAUAAUAUUUUACGUAUUGAUCACUUAUGGAUAUUACCUAAUCUGACCAAGCUUUGCCUUAAUUGCAACAAAAUAGAGACCAUUGAAAAUAUUGAAAUGUUAACAAACCUUAAAGAUUUAAAUCUAAGCUUCAAUUUUAUUGAGAAGAUCGAAAAUCUUGACACCUUAGUAAAUUUGGAAGUUCUGUCGUUAUUUAGUAACAAAAUUGAAGCUAUUGAGAAUAUCGAUAUGUUAACCAUGCUUGUAAUUAUCAGCCUUGGAAAUAAUUUAAUUGACACAGUUGAAGGAAUUGAACGAUUUCGGUUUAUGAAUAAUUUAAAGAUUAUUAAUUUGGAAGGUAAUCCUAUCGCUAAAAGAACAAAUUUCUGCCUGUUAAAGUACAUAUCAGCAAUAUUACCAAAACUUAAUUAUUAUGAAUAUACUUUCAUUAAGAGUGAACUCCGCGCAGAAGCCUGUAAUUUAUACUACCGGGAGAUUCGGGAAAUUGAAGAUAAACAAGAAAAGGAGAUACAAGCCAGAAAGUUUCUUGAACGUGAACAAUCAGAGGCAAAACGAUUAGCCUCAAGUUUUGUUGAACAUUUGGAUGGUCAUCAGCUGUUUGACUCACUUUGGCGUGGGGACGAAGAUGGUCGUGUGCUGAUGCUUGUUGGUACGCAAGCUCAAGAGCUAGCCGACGAAUACGAUAAGGAUAUUUUUGAACUUACGCAAGAAAUUUACAAACUUGGCUUAGAAAGAUUUACUGAGCGCGAUGAAGAAAUUCGAGAUUUUUUUAACAAUCUUUUCGAUGGCCAAGAAGAACUUCAAAUACUUGGGCAAAAUGAAAUAGAAUGGUUUUUACAAUUUAGAGAAAUAAUUUUUGAAGAAGCUCGUAUCAGAUUACUUAAACUAGAACAAAAUUCCAUGCACGGAGAAGACGAGGACACUCCAGAAAACCUAAAAUUAUCUGAUGCUUUGGAUAAAUUAAAUAUUCAAUUUGAAGAUGCAAUAAAUGAUUUAUGGCAAGCGCUAAUGGCCCAGGAGUUAUAUUUGCAUGAAUCUAUACAGGAGUCAACUAUAAAUUUUCAUCGAAAAAUUGCGGAGCUUAUGUCAAAAUUUGUAGAACAAUCUCAAGCAUUUUUUGUUCAAUUACGUGAAAUUACACUUCAUUUUUCUGAAAACAUGACCGAAAUAUUGACUCGAUUUAUAUCUACGAAAUUUGCACUUCAAGACUUUGAUGACGUUCCUAUUGAACUCCGAGUAUGUGUUGAUGACCGUGACGCCAUUUUAAAUUUAAUUGCUGGAAUGAAAGACUAUCACACUUUGCGAUUAGAUGAGCGAGAAGACACAAUUGCGACUCGAACAAAGGAAUUUGUAGACAAUAUGAUAGACCAACUAAACAGUAAUGAAGUGGAACGACAUCGGUCAAAAAUUUUGGAAAUAAACUUCUUUGUAGAAAUGAUGACCGAUGCUAUGACAUCCUUACCACACGAUGUAAGGGAUGAGCUGAUAGCCGAAGAUUAUGUAUAG